GGCUCGCUCCCAGUCCUCCUCAAAAGCUGCGAGCCCGCUGGCAACUCUGGAUCGGUUCAGCUCCCGCAGAAAAGCAGAGAAGCGAGAAGCCUGCACGGCAGUCCUGGGCGUUGGACCUCCAGGGGACAGAUUCUCUCCCUCCCUCCCUGGAGCGUUUUCCCGCCCGCCACGCCGCACUCACGAGGUGGCCAUGACCUCGCUGCCGACGACGCAGGACCCCUUGGUUCCUGACUUAUCUCCUGGACUUCUCCCAGCGGCCUCAGCCCCGGGCAAUCAGAGUGCGGAGGCCUCGGGGGGCAACGGGUCAGCAGCUGGCGCAGGCGCUCCGGCCGCCACGCCGUUCCAGAGUCUGCAGCUGGUGCACCAGCUGAAGGGGCUGAUCGUGCUGCUCUACAGCCUCGUGGUCGUCGUGGGGCUGGCGGGCAACUGCUUGCUGGUGCUGGUGAUCGCGCGGGUGCGCCGGCUGCACAACGUGACCAACUUCCUCAUCGGCAACCUGGCCCUGUCCGACGUGCUCAUGUGCACCGCCUGCGUGCCGCUCACGCUGGCCUACGCCUUCGAGCCGCGCGGCUGGGUGUUCGGCGGCGGCCUGUGCCACUUGGUCUUCUUCCUGCAGCCCGUCACCGUCUACGUGUCCGUGUUCACGCUCACCACCAUCGCGGUGGACCGCUACGUCGUGCUGGUGCACCCCCUUCGCCGGCGCAUCUCGCUGCGCUUCAGCGUCUACGCGGUGCUGGGCAUCUGGGCGCUGUCCGCGGUGCUGGCGGUGCCCGCGGCCUUGCACACCUAUCACAUCGAGCUCAAGCCGCACCGCGUGCGCCUCUGCGAGGAGUUCUGGGGGUCCCAGGAGCGCCAGCGCCAGCUCUAUGCCUGGGGACUGCUGCUCGUCACCUACCUGCUUCCCCUGCUGGUCAUCCUCCUGUCCUACGUCCGAGUGUCGGUGAAGCUCCGAAACCGCGUGGUGCCGGGCUGCGUGACCCAGAGCCAGGCCGACUGGGACCGCGCGCGGCGCCGCCGCACCUUCUGCCUCCUGGUGGUGGUGGUGGUGGUGUUCGCCAUCUGCUGGCUGCCGCUGCACGUCUUCAACCUGCUGCGGGACCUCGACCCGCGCGCCAUCGACCCCGACGCCUUCGGGUUGGUGCAGCUGCUCUGCCACUGGCUCGCCAUGAGCUCGGUCUGCUACAACCCCUUCAUCUACGCGUGGCUGCACGACAGCUUCCGCGAGGAGCUGCGCAAGCUGCUGCUGGCCUGGCCGCGCAAGAUCGCGCCGCAAGGCCAGAGCAUGACCGUCAGCGUGGUCAUCUGAGGCCACUGCACCCGGCCUGGGCUGGGGAGCUCCGCGACCACUGGUCUCUGAGGGAUGCCCACCGAGGCUGGGCUGGAGGGCUUGUUUCCAGCUCCAGAGCUAAGCCAAGACGGGCCAAACUUCCAGCCCAGCCCCCUUGUCCAGCCGCUUUGCCUUGUCCUUGAGUCUCUGUGAAAUGUUAAGUGGGCUUUGGUGCAAGUGCUCUGCUUGGAGGAGGCCCCGGGAGAGGAAAGGGGAUUUAUUAUUUGUCUCUUUAUGCUUUAAAGGCCAAACAAAGCUCUUGGGUUUUAAAACAGUGUUUCCUAACCGUGGCUGCCUCCCGUGCCUUGCCUCCUGUUUGCUCAGUGGUGAGAUGAGAAGGAACAAUGCGGGUAGGAGUUAAAGUGACUGCGUAGGAGUUUGGCAAAGCUCUUCAGUUUGCCUUUUAAAAUGGAUGCAAUUUUUAAGGCUGAGAUAUAAUGCCUGAUAUUGCUUCCCUAAUUUGAACCCAUUUAUUUCUAAAAUUCCGGGGACAUAGGCAUUCCCAGUCUACAGCUAGGAUGUUAGCAUUUCCUGAAUAAGACCUUGAUACAUCAUUUUCAUUUGAAAUCCACUUGCAUUUAUAGUACAAAACACUUAAAAACGACCUUUGAAAAGGUCUUGCUGUUAUGUUCCGCCUCCUCACCCCCCACUUUUAUUUGAAAAUGAUGAGAUAAAUUAGUUAGUGAAGAGAUAAAUAAAUAGGAAUAAAGAGGAAAAGGUACCAGUCACUUAAGGGGACAGAUAGCCGUGCAGAGGACAGAUCUUCUAUCUGUGUGUAUGUUUGUGUAUCCACACCCAGUGCUUGCCACUGGUGGGCACUCACAUAUUUGCUUUCCUGACGUGCAGUGGCAGCUGCGUGCCACAGCAUUCUCCUGCAUUCUCCAAUCGCUUGGCCGCAGCAGAUCCACAGCUGUCUUCCAGCCACUCAGCACCUGCUCUGCAGUGACACACUUGGAACAUGAUCAAUCCAGAUGACAAGGACUGGGAGAAGUUUCCUUAAGGCCCAAUCAGAAAAAUGAGCAGUCACUCACAGGACGCCCAGAUCAAGCAUUUAAUUCCUUCCAUACAUGGUUAAAGGGACAGGUGAAGGCCGUUGGGCCACGAUACCAUGCUGCUAAUUCUCACCUUAACCUCCUGAGGACCUUCUGUAAACGAGGACAAGUGCCCCGUGACAAGGGUUUCCACACUGAUGUUGGGACAGUGAGUGGGCAGCGAGGGCAGGAGUGUUAGGAAAUGACACCUGAAAUCCAGCUGUCAGAUCAGCCCCUGUGGCAUUCAGGGCCUGAGCUAUGUCUGCAGCCUCUUGGUUACCAACUGUCAGAUUCCAGGGCCGCCACAGCUCAGUAAGCAGCUGAAUCCGUGUUUCCCCUCCUCCCCUUCUCUUACUCCCGGAAAGGAGCGCAUUCACUCAUUAAGGUGUUCCCUGAAAGGAAGCGAAAGAGGGGGCGAUUUGGGGAUGACAAGGAUUCGAUGCUAUUACUCCAGUGCCAACAACCAGGAUGGAAGAGUGAGGGUUGGUGGUUGGGCUAGUUAUCAAUCCGAGUCUUUAGUAGGUAUAUGGCUCCAGUGUUUGAAGCAUGGGGAAGGGUAGGAAAAGCCUGGCUGGGGAGAAAGGAAAACACAGGUUAACUCGGGAGAUGCAAGUUACCUUUGGCAAUGACACUAACACGAGCGGUCGGCUUCACCUGUGGACGUGGAGAACAAAGACCCUGUGCUCUAAUAAUGCAGCCCGCCCACAACGCUGUGUCCCUCCCCCUCCCAAUGGACUCACCUCCCAGGCACCCCAGGGACAGGCUCCUGAGCUUCCAGCAGUUCCGUUACUUGCGAGGCUCAAGGCCACACAUGUCAUGUUUCCUUAGAGCAGCGGUUCUCAACCUGUGGGUCGCAACCCCUUUGGGGGUCGAACGACCCUUUCACAGAGGUCGCCUAAGACCAUUGGAAAACAUAUAUAAUUACAUAUUGUUUUUGUGAUGAAUCACUAUGCUUUAAUUAUGUUCAAUUUGUAACAAUGAAAAUACAUCCUGCAUAUCAGAUAUUUACAUGACGAUUCAUAACAGUAGCAAAAUUACAGUUAUGAAGUAGCAACGAAAAUAAUUUUAUGGUUGGGGGUCACCACAACAUGAGGAACUGUAUUAAAGGGUCGUGGCAUUAGGAGGGUUGAGAACCACUGCCUUAGAGCAUUCUUUGGUUGAGUAUGUGUGGAGAGUGGAGGCGAUGGGGGAAAGGAUGGGAUUAGUUGGGGAGAAAUAUGACAAAUUGGGGUCUCUUUGUUGCAAGGUUAAAUUCACUGGUUCUCAGCUCUGCCUGCUCCUAGAAUCACCUGGGGGAGCUAUCAGAAAACAUCACUGCCUAGACCAGCGGUUCUCAACCUGUGGGUCGCGACCCCUUUGGCGGUCGAACGACCCUUUCACAGGGGUCGCCUAAGACAAUCCUGCAUAUUAGAUAUUUACACUACGAUUCAUAACAGUAGCGACAUCACAGUUAUGAAGUAGCAACGAAAAUAAUUUUAUGGUUGGGUCAA